AGCAAAUAAUGGCAGACGAUACGCGGCAAUCGAACACUUCGCCCCAGGAGGAUUUAUCCAAGGAGGCUCUGACUGUUCAUCCAGAGCAUAGGCCUUUUUCCGGCUCACAAUGGAAAGGAGAUGCCGCAGCGCAAACCAUCCAAGCUCCCGAGAGCGCGAAUCUCAUGCCCGGUGGCACACAGCACACUGCAGGAGGAAAGGAGCCCGAGUUUAAUAUUGCCAAUGCAAUAAAGACGGGGAGGCCCUUCACGGAGGUACACAAGGCACCGUGUGUCAGGGAUAGUCUGCUUCAGGGAAUUGGUGCAGGUACAGCAGUUGGCGCCACUAGGGCGAUCUUUGGCACGCCUGUGUUCAAAGCAUGUAGCUGGGCUGUAGGGACCUGGGCCGGAGCAUCCAUACUUAUGUACAACUACUGCCUGUACAAGCGACAAGCCGAGAAGCAAGGCAUGAUCAGAGCUAUGGAAAUCCUGGACAAAAAGAGAGUGGAGAAGCAGGCGAGAGAGGAAAGAAAGGCGGCAUUAAGGGAAGAGAGGCGAAUAGCCAAGGAGAAGGAGUUGGAAAUGCAAUAUCAGGCUGCGAGUGACAAGCAGGGUGGCAAGGCGUGGUAUAAGUUCUGGUGAACUGAACGAAACCUACCAGGUGUGAACCCCAUUUGCGAAUUGUACCAUAUCAAGGCCAACCGCGGGCCAGCUGGCGAUACUAGAUGCAAUCACAGCUCUUUCAGGAAAAGAUAUCGAGGCAUUUCGAAACACCCUCAGACCGUGCUAAAGCUGCCAGUGAUGGGCUGUCCUUGCGCGUAUGCUCAGGAAAAGGGAGGCCCCAACCGAGUGCCAAAUUCCUCGCUGCAUCAUUUCAGGCUCGCGGUACAGAGUCCAAACGUUGGAAUAUUGUCUUAGGAAAGAUAUGGUCCUCUCCAUUCUGAAUCCAACGUUCCACGUCUCCAGCCGCAGGCGAAGACCGAUAUUGAGAAGGGCUGUGAGCGAACAUAGCAUGCGGGAUGUAGUCCUUGUCGACUGAUUGUAGAGAUGAAGUCGGACGCGCGUGCGCACGUGCUUGACACAUGUUUCCAUUCAAUAUCCCGAGCCUGGCGAAGCUGAGCCACGCGUUGUCCAAGUUUCGAUCUCGCAAGCACCAGCCAGCACAGAACCCCCCCGCUGACAUUGUUCACCCAUCGCCCAGACACAGCAGUCUUGGUAAUUGGAGCGCAUCCAGCACGGCGUCUUUCGACCACCAGCAGCAGUCUCAGUUGAUGAGCCUGCCUGCUGAACUGAGAAACAAGAUCUUCGAACUGGUGUUGCUCGAGCAGGAGAGUAUCAAUGUAACAGCCUCAGGCUACGAACGACCAGGUCUUCUGACGACGUGCAAGAAAAUCGCCCACGAGACGACCGGCAUGCUCUACAGCGGUCGUACCUUCCACUUUGACAUCCAAGAGUUCGACACCAAGCCCCUACACGCCUUCAUCCGCACCACCAUGUCCGAGGCUCGAUUCCCCCACCUCAACAGCAUCCGCAUCACC